CCCCUUUUCUCUCUCUCUCUCUCCACCCUGUUUGUUGGUUGCUUUCUCUCUGAUCUUACCGCCAGCCAACAGCCAAGUGCCAACCCAUUAAUAAUAAUGUCGGUAACUCCGGCGACGCCGCCCUUCCGAUCUCUCCGGUUCUCACGAUCACCGGCUUCUUCCUCGCCGAGGUUUCACAUGAGGUCGAACGUGAUCCCCCCUUUAGGACCAAUGCUGACCAAGCUCAAGACUGAGUGCGCCACUCCACUCCCUCUUUUACGCCACGUCACCAGUUCCAUGGCAGCUGAUAUGCGUGCCGGCCUUGCCGUCGACGGCGGAAGCGAUCUCAAAAUGAUUCUAAGCUAUGUCGACAAUCUUCCAACUGGAAAUGAGAAAGGGUUAUAUUAUGCUCUGGAUCUUGGUGGUACAAAUUUCCGUGUUCUUCGAGUACAGUUAGGAGGGAAGGAGGAGAGAGUGGUGGCCACUGAAUUUCAGCAAGUUCCGAUCCCACAGGAACUCAUGUCCUCUACCUCUGAGGAGCUUUUCGAUUUCAUUGCUUCUUCACUGGCUAAUUUCUCUGAAACUGAGGGCGAUAAGUUUGAGUUACCAAAUGGGACUAAAAGGGAGAUGGGUUUCACUUUUUCUUUCCCGGUGAAGCAAACCUCCAUUGAUUCCGGCAUACUCAUCAAGUGGACAAAAGGGUUUUCCGUCUCUGGAACAGCGGGAAGAGACGUGGUGGCAUGCCUGAAUGAAGCUAUGGAAAGGAAAGGGUUCGAUAUGCGGGUUUCAGCCCUGGUGAAUGACACGGUUGCGACACUGGCCGGAGCAAAAUAUUGGGAUAAGGAUGUAAUGGUGGCUGUAAUCCUAGGAACAGGGACCAAUGCUUGUUAUGUAGAACGCGUCGAUGCUAUUCCUAAGAUCAACAACAACAACAACAAUCAAACUCACUCGGGCAUGACGAUUGUCAAUACAGAGUGGGGAGCAUUCUCCAAUGGCCUUCCGUUGACGGAGUUUGAUCGGGACAUGGACGCUCAGAGUAUAAACCCCGGCGAACAGAUAUUUGAGAAGACCAUCUCUGGCAUGUACCUCGGCGAGAUCAUCCGACGAGUGCUGCUCAAGAUGGCUCAACAUGAAGGCGCCGCCUUGUUCGGGAACUCCCCUCUCGAAAAAUUGUCCACACCUUUCUCUCUUAGGACCCCAGACGUAUGUUCAAUGCAACAGGACACUUCCCAAGAUCUCAAAUCCGUGGAGGCAAUCCUAUACGAUGUGGCAGGGGUGAGGUCUGAUUUGAGUGCGAGGAAAAUGGUGGUGGAGGUUUGCGACACGAUAGUGAAGAGGGGAGGAAGGCUGGCUGGGGCAGGGAUUGUUGGGAUACUUCAAAAGAUGGAGGAUUCGGGAGGUUUAUUCAUGGGAAAUAGGACGGUUGUGGCCAUGGAUGGAGGUUUAUACGAACAUUAUCCUCAGUAUAGAGACUAUCUUCAAGAAGCUGUCAAUGAGCUUUUAGGACCCGAUGUUUCUAGAAACAUUGUCAUCGAACAUUCUAAAGAUGGGUCGGGAAUCGGGGCUGCUCUGUUGGCUGCCACUAAUUCCAAGUACUCGCACCAUGCUUGAUUUUGAAUGAUCAGAUUCAGGACUAUAUUAUAAUUCUUUGGGAGAUUUUUAUAAUGUUGUUUCUUGUUUUCUGUUUUUGUUCUUCUUUAAAUUUAUUAGAGUUUGUAAAAUAUAAGCAGGGAAUAAAUCAUACAUUUAUAUUAUACAUGUUUUCAAGUA